AUGUCCUCAAUUGUGGAGGGAUGGCGCCGCUGUCGACGUCGCGCAAUCGCCGAGCGACUAUAUUCCAAUAUGUCAUCGGCCGAGGUGCUUCGAGGCUCCAUACAACCGCUCGGUAUCAAUACAUCGAUGAAUAUUCAACGUAACGAGAAUACGCCAAGCGUCGGAUCGAAUAUGUCAUCGUUCUUGCAAAACGGUCAAGAUCGAGUUCCCAUUGAUCGACCGCUGUUCGUGAAUACUUCGAUGAGCGCUCAGAACAGAAUCGACCUUUACCGACGACUUGACGAUCCUCCGCAGGACAGCGAACCAGCUCUGCUGUUUCGACUCCCAUAG